AAUUGUCCUCUAGGGGUCAAUGUUCUCAAAUGAAGUUCCUGGUUCACUGCGAUCACAUGACACAGCGCCCAUAUAGUCAUGUGACAACAAACUGAUCUUAUGCUUCACUCUCAUGCAGAUGCAAACUGUCUGGAUUUCUGACUGACAUUUGGCUUCAAGUUAAAACUCUAUCAUGCUGAAGCAAACGCUGAGGCUGCUCUUCCUCUGGGCUGUCCUGGAGUCCGUCUGCUCCCGCGGAUGUUCCUCAUUCUUCUGCCGCAAAUCACGCCGUGUGAGCGGGUCACAGUUUGGAGUCGACCCGGGCAAACCUCUGAUGCUCACCCCCUAUCUGGAGGAAGGCAAGAUAGAAGAAGCCAAAAAACUUAGUUUGGUGGGACCCCUUCCUGGUGCCAAUGUUAAGAGCUUCUCAGGAUAUCUCACUGUGAACAAGACCUACAACAGUAACCUUUUCUUCUGGUUCUUCCCUGCCCAGGAGAGACCAGAGACGGCUCCGGUGCUGCUGUGGCUGCAGGGAGGACCUGGAGGCACCUCUAUGUUUGGCUUGUUUGUGGAGCACGGCCCAUAUUUUGUACAUAAGAACCUCACAUUGGGUUAUAGGGAGUUCCCCUGGACAUCACGCUACUCAGUUCUCUACAUCGACAAUCCAGUUGGGACAGGAUGGAGUUUCACUGAGGAUGACCGAGGAUUUGCCCAAAACCAGGAUGAUGUGGGCAGAGAUUUGUACAGUGCCCUGACUCAGUUCUUCCAGAUAUUUAGUGAGUUCCAGUCUAAUCCGUUCUACGCUACAGGCGAGUCAUAUGCAGGAAAGUAUGUUCCAGCGAUUGGCUACUACAUCCACAAGAACAAUCCUUCUGCCAAAGUGAAGAUCAACUUCAAAGGAGUGGCCAUCGGAGAUGGUCUGUGUGACCCUGAGCUGAUGCUGGGAGGCUAUGCAGAUUUCCUAUAUCAGAUAAGUCUCGUGGAUGAACUGCAGAGGCAGCAUGUGAAGAUGCAGACGGACGCAGGAGUCAAACUCAUCCAGGAGCAGAGAUGGGUGGAGGCCUUUGAGGUGUUUGACAGCUUACUGAAUGGUGAUCUUGUUCCUUAUCCCUCAUUCUUCCAAAACGUCACUGGUUGCACCAACUACUUCAACUACAUGCAGUGUCAGGAACCUCCAGAUCAGGAGUAUUUUUCUUCAUUUGUGACUCUACCAGAUGUUCGACGUGCCAUCCAUGUUGGGAAUCUUACGUUCAAUGACGGCUCAGAGGUUGAGAAGCAUCUGCUUCAGGAUGUCAUGAAGUCCAUCAAGCCCUGGUUGGGCAUCCUCAUGGACAACUAUAGAGUGUUGAUCUACAGUGGACAGCUUGAUGUCAUUGUUGCAGCCCCUCUGACUGAGCGCUUCCUGCCCACCGUGAGCUGGUCUGGAGCGGACGAGUAUAAAAACGCAUUGCGCAUGCCCUGGAAGGUCCAGCCCAGUGACACUGAAGUGGCAGGUUACGUACGACAAGUGAAAGAGUUCUUUCAGGUGAUUGUCAGGGGAGGCGGGCACAUUUUGCCUUAUGACCAACCAGAGAGAUCAUUUGACAUGAUGGACAGAUUCCUUUCUACAGACGGAUUCUCUUCACAUUGAUACACUAGGAUCAAAUAGAAUGUAAAGCGAUCACUGAAUGAAUCGGUGUUCAGUUGUGUAAUGUGUAUUUCAAUGCAAAGAAAGGGUUAGGGGUUAUAUUUUUAUUGGUCUGUGUAUAAAUUGAAUGUUUUUAUUGUACAUCAUUGUUUUUUUGAUUAAAGCAGGAUAUGAUUUGAGUAUAAUGUGCUACUUGACAUCUUUUUGAAUCCUUAUGGAUGUUUUUAUCUAUUCGGUGUGAUUACCACUUUUAGUUGAUGUUAUCUAGCAUAAUUAUACAUUCAUGCAUUUAAAGUAUUAAUGCUUUAUGAUUCACCAUCGUACGGUAUCUACACAACUUGUAACGACGAGACUGUAUUUCAGUAACGUUUUUGCAAAGAUUGUUAUUUUUCUGAUAAUACAUGCAAACCUGUACUUAAAAAUGUAGAAUAAAAGACAUGAGAGAACGAAA